GAAGACUGAAUUGCCUCUGUUUCAGUGCUGUUUCUAGUUUUGUUAACUACUCCUAUCUCCAACUCUUAACCAUGAAUGCAAAUUUUCAGGGAACUGAGAGAGAGGUUUCAAUGCUGCGAGAUGUGUUGUUAUCCCACAAUAUAAUGACAGAGAGGUGCUUCACCACAUGUAUAACUAAAUUCAGACAGAACACAUUGACAGAUGAAGAGAAGUCCUGCAUUGAUACCUGCAUGGGAAGAUAUGUGAACUUCAAUCAGAGACUGAUGGCAACAUUUUUUGAGCAGCAGCAGGCUCGAAUGAAAGCUAUAGCAGAAGAACAGAAUGCUCAGGUUCCCCCGCAACAAACACUCAUACAGAAAACGUGAUAUUAACGAUGUAGGACUCCAUGUACCAUGUAUAUUUUAAAACACCAUCCUUAGAAAAUUUCUAAGUUUUAUUUACAAUUCAUAUGUCUUGAAGUUUAUAAAAG